CGGAGCGGCGUCGGAGAUCCGCGGUGGCCGCGACCCGCCACGUCUUCCUCGCGGAGAACCGAAAGGACGGGGGACAGCCGGUCGCUCCGCCGGCGUUCCGACGGUGCUCGCCUGGAUCGCCCCACCAUCGUCGAUCUGCCGUUUUCUCCCUUUUUAGCCUUUAGAUAGAAACAAAUUUCUCGAUAAGAUCACGAUGUCUGUGACCGAGGAAAGGAUCCAGGAUCUGAACCGGCGUUUCGUAGACUUCAUGAGCAAGCCGGAGAACGUCGAGGCAGCCACAAAGGAGAUCUACGAUGACUUGUUGGAUGAGGUUCUGAUGGGCUUUGUCUUCGACGUGCACCGUACAACCAAGACUGGCAGUUCCGACGUCGAGGAAGGCAUUCCCGAUGACAAAUCCUAUGCCAUUGUCGAUUCGCCCGGCCUAGACGUGUUCGGUCAGCAUCCGAUGAAGAAGUCGCAGGAGUGCAACUGCCCGAAUUGCGAGCGUGGCGUGGCGGCUUGCAGAUUCGCCACUCACCUGGCGAAAUGUAUGGGCAUGGGCAGAAACAGUUCGCGCAUCGCGUCGCUUCGCAUCGCGAACAACUCCAAGGACAUGAACAACUACGGCGGCGUGCUGAGCGACGACGACGACGACGUCGACUGGAGCCUGACCAACGAUAGCGGCAACAAGCGCAAACGUCCGCGCAAGGAUCGCAACGGCGUGAGCAAGCGCUCGGCCAAGCAGCAGAAGCAGCAGGGUAACGCCGGCGCCGGCGGUAGCGGCUCGCAGCGGAACGGCGAGACCGGCACCAUCGUCGGCGGCAGCGGCGGCGAGCACAGCGUGCACAGCAGCAACGAGAGCUCGCCGUCGAACUACGAGAACAUGUCGCUCGUGGACAAGCGGGCGCUGCUGACGCAGAUCUGCGGCGUCGUGUCCGAGCACACGAAGAAGCUGUGCACCAGAUCGGUGCGGUGUCCCCAGCACACGGACGAGCAGCGCAGGGAGAUACGCGCCAAUCUGGAGUCCAACGGCCAGGACAAUCUGCACGUCGACGUGGACACGUACGAGGAGAGCGACAGCCAGAAUCUAAGGGACACGUUAACGAGAUGGGACCGGGAGGGUUCGAGUCACUCCAGCCCGGCCGACUCCGCCUCGACCACGUCGACCUCGUCGAUCAGCCGGAAAAGGGAGACCAAGUCCAAGGGUAAGGGGAAGGCCUCGUCGAAACGCGAUCGUGGCUCUCCGAUCUCGCAGGGGGACUGAGGGGGGGAGAGUCGAUCUGGAACUGCUUCUCGGUCUUCUGGGAAUGUUCCUCGGUCGAGGCUCACUCUCCGGCGGCAAAGAAAUACUGUAUGAUAAUGUUCCUACGGGCUGUACAUAGAUCGAAGGGAGAUGAUUUCCCUUGAUGAUGAUUGCAAAGCUUGCGUAAUACUUAAUUCUAAAUAUUACUCACGGCGUCCUUUUAUAAUU